CCUAAAACACGCUUCUUGGCUAUAUACAUACUCCACCCUAGAUGCAAAUCCUCCACCAUGGCCCCUCUCGAGCAGCAAUGGGUUAAGGUGCAGCAGAAGACCUUCACCAAGUGGCUGAACAGCAAAAUACUGGCGCGAAACGUGCAGAUACAGGAUCUAAUUCACGACCUCUCCGACGGCGUCGUCCUCAUCCACCUCCUCGAGAUCCUCGGAAACGAAUCGCUGGGCAGGUAUGCGUCACGGCCGAAGCUGCGAGUGCAGAAGUUCGAGAACGUCAACAAGAGUCUGGAGUUCAUCAAGGGGCGGGGGAUUCAGAUGACGAAUAUCGGCGCCGAGGACGUUGUGGAUGGGAACAGCAAAAUUAUCUUGGGGUUGAUUUGGACGCUGAUUCUUAGAUUCACUAUCAGCGAUAUUAAUGAGGAAGGACUGAGUGCGAAGGAGGGUCUGUUGCUGUGGUGUCAGCGCAAGACGGCGUGCUAUGACGAGGUUGAGGUGCGGGAUUUCUCGACAAGUUGGAAUGAUGGAUUGGCUUUUUGCGCUCUCCUCGAUAUCCAUAGGCCCGACCUCAUCGACUACGACAGCUUGGACAAAUCAGACCACCGCGGGAACAUGCAGAUGGCUUUUGACAUUGCCUCGAAAGAAAUCGGCAUCCCCGACCUUCUUGACGUCGAGGACGUAUGCGAUGUCCAGAAACCCGACGAACGAUCCCUCAUGACGUACAUUGCAUACUGGUUCCACGCCUUCUCCCAGAUGGAAAAGGUUGAGAAUGCCGGACGGAGAGUGGAGAAGUUUGUGCAGAGUAUGGCAGGUGCUUGGGAAAUGCAAAAUACAUUUGAGAAACGUAUGCGGGAGUUACUUCGCCAAAUCACCGAGCAGCAACAAACGUGGGAGGAUACCCAAUUCUUGGGAACGUACGUGGACGCCAAAAAUCACGCACUAGAGUUCACAGGAUACAAACGCAAAAACAAGCGAGCAUGGGUGGCAGAGAAGUCGGAUUUGGUGGGAUUGCUCGGGAAUAUCAAGACUAAGCUUAGUACUUACCGAUUACGACCAUAUGAACCGCCUGCAGACUUGAGCCUAGAAGCGCUGGACGUUGCAUGGGCUGGCUUGAUGACGGCAGAGCGGCAGAGGAGUCAGCUCAUAAACGAAAUGAUUAGAGACAUCAAAAACGCUCUCCGCAAAUCUUUCGCCGACAAAGCCAACGACUUUGCCCUCGCUCUCAAUACUCUGUCAGCCUCGAUAUCUGGCCUAGAAGGCGACGUCGACGACCAGCUGCGACACACGCAAAAAAUCAGCGAAAGCCUCCAACCCCUCGACGAAUAUCUCAACAUCAUCGCGGCCCUCGACGAGCAAUGCACGGAAGCCAACAUUGAAGAGAACGACUUCACUACCUACUCCUACGACGAACUCGAGUACGAAUUGGGUCUUGUGCGCUCCUCUGUCAGCAAGAAGCUUGCCUUCCUUGAGAACCAGAUGGUCGCGCGGAACAUGACGAACCUCACGCCAAUCCAGCUGGAAGAGUUCGAGAGCGUGUUCCGGCACUUCGACCGCGACCUGAGCAACUCGUUGCAAGAACUCGAGUUCUCGGCCGCGCUAGCUAGUCUGGGACUUGUGUACGACGAAGAGGAGAUGCAUGAGAAAUUCAGCGAGACGAGCGGCGGCAGGGACUACGUGACGUUCGAACAGUUCAUCAGGUUCAUGGUGGAUGAGACGGAAGAUCAGCAUACGGCGGAGCAGGUGUUUGAGAGCUUUAAGGAGGUUGCAGAUGGGAAGCCCUACGUAACAGAACUCGACCUGCGCCACUCCCUUGUCCCCGACGAAAUCAUCGAAGACCUCGUCAAGACCAUGCCUCCUCACCGCGGCCCAGACCUACAGCAAGACCGCGACGUACCCAAAUUCGACUACAUCACCUACAUGGAGCAUUUCAUGAACACGAACACGAAUGCUCCGAAUGGGAAAGUCAAUGGGAUGAAAUGAAGCUGAUGCGUUGCGCAUGUCGAAGUUAGGCAUCGUUUGAGUUUGUCGUAUGUGUCCUAGCGGAGUUUUGGUUUCUGGGUAGUGUUCAAAUUGCAUGGGUGAGCGGCUCUGGUUAUUGGAGGAUAUUGGGAUGGAAACCCUGGGGGUUCAAGCGGGCAUUGCAUUUUUGUAUUCCAGGGGGGAGUCCUUGCGGGUGUUUGGGUAUGAGCGAGUGAGCAAGUGUUGGAUUGCCAUCGUUGGUUUGAUGCGCAGAGGAGGUACACUAUGAUAUCCGUAGAAGAUAAUGUUAGCGGGGGAAGAGGGGAUUUAUUACUAGUGAUUGUUCGU